AUGACCACCAGUGGAGAGGGAGACGAUGAGGUUCAGUUUUUGCGAACGGGAGAUGAGGUGGUUUUGCAGAGCACAUUUACCUCCCAUGACGGAAAUUUGAAACUCUGUCUUGCUGCUGAAGGAUUUGGCAGUAGGCUUUGCCGGCUUGAGCCCACUUCAAACUGCAAGAAUGUUCCUCCAGACUUGUCUGUGUGUGGCUUCGUUCUGGCUCAGUGUCUCUCAGUCCGAGCCCUGCAGGAGAUGUUGGCCCAUGGUGGACAACUGGCAGCAGAGGCUGGAGCUGGAGUUGCCCAUCGGACCCUGCUGUAUGGCCAGGCAGUGAUGUUUUUACACUCCUUCAGUGGCAUGUAUCUUUGCUGCCUGUCUUCAUCCCAGACUUCACCUGACAAACUGGCAUUUGAUGUUGGUCUGCAAGAGAAUAAAGCUGGUGAGGCAUGUUGGUGGACUGUCCAUCCAGCUUCCAGGCAGAGGUCAGAGGGCGAGAAGGUGCGUGUUGGAGAUGACCUUAUACUGGUUAGUGUGUCCUCUGAGAGAUAUCUGCAUCUGUCCUUUGGAACUGUGUCAGACAACCAAAGCCUAAGUGGCAGUUUAAUCGUCAGCGCCUCCUUCCAGCAGACUCUGUGGAGUGUUGCUCCCAUCUGUUCUGGAGGUGCCAUUGCUCAAGGUUAUUUAAAGGGGGGUGAAACAUUGCGUCUGCUCCACAGCCACAGUGAUGCCUGUCUCACUAUUCCUUCUUCAGAGCAUGAGGAUGAGCUGCAAAGAGUAAUGCAUUAUGAGAUUGGAUCGGUGUCUGGUCAUGCACGGUCCCUCUGGAGGCUGGAAAUUCUACGAGUUGCGUGGAGUGGGAGGCAUACCUGCUGGGGUGAGCCUUUUAGAUUGUGCCAUGUAACAACUGGAAGGUACCUGGGUCUUACAGAGGAAAAAGGCUUGCACCUAGUCGAUCGGGAUAAAGCUGAUAUCAACACAACCUCUUUCUGCUUCAGAUCAUCAAAGGAAAAACUUGAUGCUGGCAAAAAGACAGAUACUGAUGGUAUGGGAAUCCCAGAAAUCAAGUAUGGAGACUCCAUGUGUUAUGUUCAGCAUCUGGACUCAGGACUGUGGUUAACCUAUCAAGCUGCAGAUGCCAAGUGCCGCUUGGGUGGGAAUCUGCGCAAGGCUAUUUUGCACAGCGAGGGUCACAUGGAUGAUGGGCUGACACUGUCUCGAUCUCAGAGAGAAGAAUCUCACACUGCCAGACUCAUCCGGAAUGCUAUCUUUUUGUUUACUCACUUCAUAAGGAACCUCGAUGGUUUUAAUCAUGAUGGAAACCUUUCCUCAGUCAGCCUGCCAAUGAAGACAGUGAUAUGCAGCCUCCAGGAUCUCAUCAAGUACUUCCAGACACCAUGUGGGGAACAAAGCCAUGAAGAAAAGCAGAAAAAGAUUGCUGCUCUUAAGAAACGCCAGAACAUGUUUAAAGAAGAGGGUGUGAUAGAUCUGGUCUUGGACUGCAUUGAUCAUCUACACCAUUAUAGUAGUGCCUCUUAUUUUGCCGAGGCUACUCAGUGUGAUGCUGGAGAGCGGUGGGAGGCCGUAAUCAGCCUGUUCUAUGAGUUACUGGCUUCUUUGAUCCGGGGAAACCGUGGAAACUGUGCUCAUUUCGCAAGCUCUGUUGACUGGCUGAUAGGCAGACUAGACCAUCUAGAAGCAUCUUCCGGAGUCUUGGAAGUUCUGCACUGUGUUCUAGUAGAGAGUCCCGAGGCCAUAACUGUCAUAAAAAGUGGACACGUUCAGGCUAUUAUCUCUUUUCUGGAAAAGCAUGGACGGAACCACAAGGUGCUGGAGGUGCUGUGCUCACUGUGUGCGUGCCAUGGCGUAGCCGUGCGCUCCAAUCAGAACCUCAUCUGUGACAACUUGCUGCCAGACAGAGAUUUGCUACUUCAAACACGACUCACUAAUCAGGUCACCAGCAUGAGACCGAACAUCUUCCUUGCUAUGGGAGACACGUCAGCUCAGCACCGGAGGUGGUACUACGAGUUGGUCAUAGAUCAGGCUGAGCCAUUUCUCACAGCUGAACCAACACACCUGCGUGUUGGCUGGGCCUUCACCAAAGGCUACCUGCCUAGGCCCACAGGAGGAGAAGGAUGGGGGGGCAACGGAGUAGGAGAUGAUCUCUACUCGUUUGGUUUUGAUGGGCUACACCUGUGGUCAGGUUGUGUGGGCCGUAAAGUCAGUUCCCCCUUUUCUCACCUGCUGAAAGAUAAUGAUGUAGUGAGUUGCUGUCUUGACCUCACGGUUCCAUGCAUCUCCUUUCGGGUCAAUGGUCUGCCUGUACAGGGCAUGUUAGAGAACUUCCAUGCUAAUGGACUUUUGUAUCCUGUGGUCAGCUUCUCAGCUGGAGUCAGAGUUCGUUUUCUGUUCGGUGGGGUAAAUGGGGAGUUUCGCUUCCUGCCCCCUCCCGGCUAUGCUUCAUGCUCUGAGGCUCUUCUCCCAAAAGUCAAGCUGAAGGUAGAGCCAUGUCAGAAAUACAUCUCAGACUGUGAAGAGGGGAAAAAAGAGCUCUUUGGCCCGGCUGUGCCGAUCACUCCAGUAACCUUUACUCCCACUCCAGUAGACAUAAGCAAGGUUGUAUUACCUCCACAACUUGAAGACAUCAAAGAAAAAAUGGCGGAAAAUUUUCAUGAACUCUGGUUAAAGGACAGAAUUGACCUUGGGUGGACAUAUGGAACAGUGAAAGAUGAAAGCAAACAACAUGAUCCUUGUCUAGUUGAGUUCUCCAAGCUUCCAGAGCAGGAGAGAAACCAGAACCUACAGAUGGCUGAGGAUACACUUAAGACCCUGCUUGCACUUGGUUUCCACAUUGGUUUAGCUGAUGACUGCGCUGAGGAACGCACCAAAUACAUGAGAUUACACGCAAAGUAUGAGCUGCCCUGUGGCUACAGGCCUGCACCCAUAGAUUUAAGACAAAUUAUCCUCAGUUCAGCCGAUGAGCAUGUGGUUACCUUGCUGGCAGAAAACCAACAUAAUGUAUGGGCCAGAGAGCGUAUCAAACAGGGAUGGACCUAUGGACCUCAGCAGGAUAUAAAAGGAAAGCGGAGCCCUCACCUCGUACCUUACAGUCUUGUUGAUGAAAGGAUGAGAAAAGCAGGCACUGAAAGUGUGAGAGAGGCCGUCUGUAUCCUGCUGGCAUUUGGCUACAGCCUGGAGUCCUUAAGCCAGGAACAGACUCCUUUAUCAAAGCCAUGCCUCUUCUCGAUGGAAAAGAGCAGAGUGUUCAGACCAGAUAAAUCCUACGUGGUGACCAAGGGGAAGUGGUAUUUUGAAUUCGAAGUCCUGACAGCUGGGAAUAUGAGAGUGGGUUGGGCCCGACCAGGCUGUACUCCAGAUAAAGAGCUUGGCUCAGAUGACCAGGCUUAUGUCUUUGAUGGAUUUGAGGCUCAGUGGUGCCAUCAGGGAGGUGAGCCCCUGGGGCGUCCGUGGCUCAGAGGCGAUGUGGUGGGUUGCUUGGUGGACAUGUUUGAAGGCACCAUGAUGGUCACGCUCAAUGGAGAGCUGCUGUUUAAUGACAGAGGAUCAGAGCUGGCUGCCAAGGAUUUGGAUAUCAGAGAUGGCCUGUUGCCUGUGGUCAGUGUUGGGGUGAACCAGGUGGGAAGGCUAAAUCUAGGCCGCCAGGUGGAGACUCUGCAGUACUUUAAUGUGUGUGGCCAGCAAGAGGGUUAUAAACCUUUUGCCUUUAAUAUGACCAGAGACCCAUCUCUGUGGAUGAGUUGGAAUCUGCCGCACUUUAUGUCAGUGCAGCCUGAUGAUCAAAACCUUCAGGUUACUCGACUCAGGGGCUCAAUGGAUUUCUUAUCCAGCCUGAGGGUCUCUCAGCGUUUGUUGGUGCAACAUGGUGGAGGGAGUGAGAUGGGCUUUUACCGGCUCAGCAUGCCCAUUGAGUGUGCUGCCACACUCAGAAGCCCUAAAGAUGGUGUGCCUCUAGUCCCCUCCAGCUCUUUAACUCCAAGUUCAGCGAGAAAAGAGCUGGAGGACACAGACUCUGACUUUGAAGUGCUGAUGAAGUCAGCACGCAGCUUUGCUGGCUCAAGAGAUGAGCUCAACCACAAGGAUCACGGUCAUGAAAAAACAUCAAAACUAAAACAGCGGUUCAUGAUGAAAAGGAACAAACCAGGCUUAGUCAGCAGUAACUCCUCUGCACGGCUUCUGGAAGACGUCAUUGUUGAAAAGGAUAACUAUGACCAUCUUAUCCAGAGCGCUAGAUAUUAUUAUGCAGUGAGGGUUCUUCCUGGCCAGGAGCCAUUCAAUGUGUGGAUAGGCUGGGUGACCUCUGACUUUCAUCAACAUGACACAACAUUUGAUGCGGACAAUGUCGGCACAGUGACUGUCACCCUCGGAGAUGACACUGGCAAAGUUCAGGAAAGUGUGAAGCGAUGCAACAGUUUCAUGGUUUGUGCUGGAGAGGCCACAGGUCUGUCUCAGAGUCGUCGGAGUGCAGGGUUGGAGAUUGGCUGCUUGAUUGAUUCAGCGACUGGACUGCUCACCUUUACUUCCAAUGGCAUUGAAAUGUCAACUUUCUUUCAAGUGGAGGCUGGUACCAAGCUGUUUCCAGCUGUUUUUGUCAAGCCAACCACCACCAACAUGUUUCAGUUUGAACUUGAAAGCACAAAGAACGUCAUGCCCUUGUCAUCAGGUUUGCUUCGCAGUCAGAGAAGGAACCCAAGUCCUCAAUGCCCUCCAAGGUUUCAGGUUCAGCACCUGAAACCUGUCACAUGGACCAGAGUACCAGACAGUGGGUUAAAGGUAUUUGUAGAUCGACCAGAUGAGCACCAUGGCUGGAGAGUCCAAUGCUCUGAUCCCCAACAAGUAAUGAUUCUUCAGAUUCCUGAAGAAAAUAGGUGUGUUGACAUUUUGGAGCUGUCCGAGCUUGAUGACCUCCUCACUUUUCAUCAAAAUAUCCUCCUGCUCUACUCCUCGCUAGCUGCCUUUGGUAACAACAGAGUUUGCCAUGCUCUGUGCAGUCACGUUGACCAGUCACAGAUCCUCUAUGCUAUUCAGAAUCCUAACCUCCCGGGGCAGCUCCGCUCAGCGUAUUAUCAGCUCCUUAUUCAGGUUUAUCUAAGCAGCCACACAACAGCAUGCCUUAUGAUGAAUCAUGAAUACAUAAUCCCAAUGACUGACCAGACCAGAGAAGCCUCAUUUUAUCUUGGUAUGGAAAAGUUUUCUGGAGGGAUUGCUCAAACAUCAGAAGGCAUUCCUAGCACUUGCAGAAGCAAGUGCCUCAAACCGCAGAUGCAUUUCUCAUCUCCUUGUUUUGUCAGAGGUUAUGAGACUGAAGAGGAAAGUGUGGCUGAAAUAGCCUGCACAGACAGCCCAGAAAUUCCUUUGGACAUACUGAAGAAUUUGACAUUGGACAUGCUGACUGCUGGGGUUGUAGCUGUCGGUCAAGCUGUGAGGGAUCCUGCAGGAGGAAGUGUUGAAGUUUUGCUUGUUCCACCUUUAAAAGUGUUGUACAGCCUUCUGGCCAUGGGAGUGUUUGGGGAUGAAGACCUUGCAAAGGUUCUUUGGCUAAUUGAACCAAAUGUAUUCUCCAAAAAUAUCAAAACUGUUAAAGGGAAGGAAAAGGAAAGUGAAGAUGAUAAACAAGGACAAAAGAAGAGGAGCACAAACCAUGAUGAUAUCAAUAAACAAGGGCUUCUUCAGAUGAAGCUUCCAGAAGCUGUCCAACUUGAGCUUUGUCAUCUGCUGUCCUACCUGUGUGACUGCCAGGUGCAACACAGAGUUGAAGCAGUGACUGCAUUCUCUGCAGACUUUGUACAUCGGCUACAAGAAAACCAGAGGUUUCGUUACAAUCAGGUCAUGCAGGCUCUCAACAUGUCUGCAGCGCUGACUGCUCGCAAAACCAAGGAGUUCAGGCUUCCUCCACAAGAACAGAUGAAUUUGCUGCUAAGCUUCAGGGAAGAUGAACAACAAGAGAACUGCCCCUGUCCUGUCGAACUCCAACAGCUAUUAUUGGACUUUCACCACCUGCUUAACACACACUGUGGCACUGAAAUGGUUCCAGACUCAGAGGAAGAAGAUGAUGCCAAAAUGUCUUUAAAAGAUUGGCUUUUUUAUCGAGUUGGACAUAAAAAGAAACCAAUAGAAUUGAAAGAACAUAAAUCUUCCUCCCCAAAGUCUCUCAGAAGACUGAUUUCGGAGACGAUGGUGUGCUGGGCUCAGGAAAGAGAGAUAGAAGAUCCUGAACUGGUCAGGGCUAUCUUCACUUUGCUAUACCGGCAGUAUCAGGGCCUCGAGGGCCAAAUGAAAGGGUCACUGUUAAAGGCAUAUACCAUCAGCCAGUCUUCCAUGGAGGACACCAUGGCACUCCUGUCCUCCCUGUGCCAAAUCCGUUCUCUCCUAAGUGUCCGUAUGGGGAAAGAAGAAGAGAAGCUGAUGAUCAGAAGGCUUGGAGAUAUUAUGAAUAAUAAAGUUUUCUACCAACAUCCCAAUUUGAUGAGAGCUUUAGGCAUGCAUGAGACUGUGAUGGAGGUGAUGGUCAAUGUUCUGGGUGAAGGAGAGUCCAAGGAAAUCACUUUCCCCAAGAUGGUAGCCAGCUGUUGUAGAUUCCUUUGUUACUUUUGCCGUAUCAGUCGUCACAAUCAGGGAGCUCUAUUUGACUGCCUCACCUACUUACUGGAAAACAGCCGAGUUGGACUGGCUUCCCCAUCCAUGCGUGGCUCCACUCCUCUUGAUGUGGCAGCAGCCUCUGUUAUGGAUAAUAAUGAGCUAGCAUUAUCACUAAAGGAACCUGACCUAGAAAAGGUGGUUCAUUACCUUGCUGCAUGUGGCCUCCAGAGCUGUUCAAUGCUUGUGGCAAAAGGCUACGCUGACAUUGGAUGGAACCCCGUGGAGGGAGAGCGCUAUCUGGAUUUUCUACGCUUUGCUGUCUUCUGUAAUGGUGAAAGCAUAGAGGAGAAUGCAUAUGUGGUCUUGCGGUUGCUCAUUCGUCGGCCUGAAUGCUUUGGCCCUGCGCUAAGAGGAAAUAAAGGAGAUGGACUCCUAGCAGCAAUGAAGGAAGCCAUUAGAAUCUCUGAGGACCAGUCUAUGGAUGGACCUUUACCCAGUCAGCACUCAAACAGAACAAUGGACGCUCCAAACAACAAUGACGAUGACCUUAUUCACAUGGGGCAUGCCAUCAUGACCUUCUAUUCAGCGCUUAUUGACUUGCUGGGACGCUGUGCUCCAGAGAUGCAUCUAAUUCAAGGCGGCAAAGGAGAAGCCAUUCGCAUCAGGGCCAUCCUGAGAUCACUCAUCCCUGUUCAGGAUCUUGAAGGAGUCAUCAGCCUCUGCUUUAAACUCCCAUCAAUUUCUGAAGAUGGUGUGCUGGAUGAGCCUGACUUGUCCACAGUGUUCUGUCCAGACCACAAGGCUGCUAUGGUUUUGUUUCUGGAUCGGGUUUAUGGUAUCCAGGAGAGGAGUUUUCUUUUGCACCUUCUGGAAGUCGGCUUUCUGCCUGACCUUCAAGCAGCUGUUUCUUUGGACACUACUGCCCUAGGAUCAACAGACAUGGCACUGGCUCUCAAUAGAUACUUGUGUACAGCUGUUCUUCCCCUGCUCACCAAACAUUCAGCCCUAUUCCAGGAUUUGGAGGAUCAUGUAUUGCUGGUAGAUUCCCUUAUCCAGGCAAUCUACAGGCUCUCUAGAGCUCUAUGCUUGACCAGGGCUCAGAGAAACACCACAGAGGAUUGCUUGCUAGCUUUGUGCAGUAAUCUCCAGACAUCUACGAUGCAGCCUCUCCUUCAAAGGCUUGUCUUUGAUGUUCUCCAUCUCUCAGACCACAGCAAUAUGCCUCUAAAAAUGUUGACCAAUCAUUAUGAGCAGAGAUGGAGGUAUUAUUCCCAAGCUGGAAGGCAGAAUGACCAGAACUUUGCGUCUGAAGAUGAACUCAAUCUGUCUACAAAGUUAUUCUGGAGUGUUUUUAAGAGCUUGACAAAAAAGACCCUCAGUCCUCAGUUGUUCAGACUAAGUGUGCAGUGCCUUGUUUCAGUUGCCAAAGCUUUGCCUCCUGACUAUGUAGAGCCAGGCUGUUUGUCUCAAAUGGAGGGAAUAACCUCAUUGGAGAGCGGAUAUUUUGACCUCCAACCUGUAGACACAUCAAAUGUCUCUGUUCCUGAAAGACUUGAUUUUGUGGUUAACAAGUAUGCAGAGCACACUCACGAGAAAUGGUCUCUGGAGAAGUUUGCCAAUGGCUGGGUACAUGGGGAGCAGCUAUGUGAAAACACCAAGGUUCAUCCUCUCCUGAAGCCAUACAGGGCUCUGGCUGAGAAGGAAAAGGAUGCAUAUCGCUGGUCCAUCAAAGAGACGAUAAAGAGUAUGUUGGCCUUUGGAUGGACCAUAGAACGUACCAAAGAAGGAGAUGCAUUCGGUAUACAUGCCUGUGCUCGCAGGGUCUCUCAGUCCGGUCAGCUUUCGUUUGAAGGAGCAUCUACCUUUAGCCCUAAACCUUUGGACAUGAGCAGCAUCACCUUAUCAUGGGAACAGUGUGCUAUGGCUGAACAGUUGGCUGAAAACUACCAUAAUGCCUGGGCUAAGACUAAAAAGAUGGAACUUGAAAGGAAAGCGGGAGGUAAUUCCAUGCUGGUGCCAUAUGAUGCUCUGACUGCCAAGGAGAAGACCAAGUUCAGGCAAAAAGCUCAGGAAAUACUGAAGUUCCUUUUGCUCCAUGGCUACACUGUGUGGAGGGAUCGAAAACCCAUGGAAAUGGACUUCCCUCCAACUGCAAAUUGCUUUGGACACAUUUUCAUCCAAAGGAUGCUGUAUUACACUGAGGAGGCUCAAGAGAACAUGCUAAAGCUUGAUCAGGGACUACCAGAUCAGGUGGAGGACAUGUGUCACCCUCUUCCUUCAUUGGAAAUUGCACUGGGGAAAGUGGAGGAGCUGGCAGGUGCUGGAGCUGGAGCUCAUCAGAUGCAAUACAUUCAUGUUGCAGAGGUCAUUUUGCCCAUGCUGUGCAGCUAUGUUUCACACUGGUGUCGGGGGGGCUCUGAUGGCCACCACGAAAGCCCAGUUUUCACGUCUGUUGUUCCUCACCAUGCGAGCGACCUGAUUGGUUACAUUCUGCGCAUUAUCCACAAUCAUGUGGGUGCUAGCCAGGGGGACUGGAUAAAACAGCUUGCAGUUUUUUCUCUGCCAAUCAUCUGCAAAGCCCACAGCGAGCUGUUAAAAAGUCACUUUCUCCCCUUGAUGGAGAAGCUCAGAAAAAGGACAGAGUGUGUCCAACUAGAAGAGGAGCAACUGAAAGCGGAAGACUGCAGCAGUUCUGAAGCAGAGUUGCAGAUACAGGAGAAAUACAGAGUUCUGGUUCAGGACCUGUAUGCCUUCUAUCCUCUCCUCAUCCAGUUCGUCGAUUUUAAUCGAGCCAGAUGGCUGAAAGAGACGAUCCCUGAGGCUGAGCAGCUGUUCAGCAUGGUGGCAGAGGUCUUUGUAUUCUGGGCCAAAUCUCAUCAUUUCAAAUGGGAAGAACAGAGUUAUGUGGUCCAGAAUCAAAUCAACAACUUAGCUUUCUCGUUUUCCAGCGACAACAGAAUGGAGUUUAAGCAUAAAAAGAGAAGGAUGAAGAGGAAGGAGGAUCGCUAUUCUGCACACACAUCUCUCAUAGUCGCUGCCAUGAAGAGGCUUGUUCCUGUGGGACUCAGAGUUUGUUUUCCUUUUGACCAGAGCCUUAUCAUGUUGGCUAAAAGCUGCUUCUCUCAGAAUAAGCCUGAAGAUGAGAUUCAGGAGCAUAUUUUGAGUUAUCUCAAUCAGUUUCAUGGUCAGGCAUCGAACAAAGUCAGCAGUGGGAUUCUGUCUGCAGAUCUCCCUGCACAGCUUGGGUCCCAAGCCGACACACAAAGGGCUGUGGACAGGGUUCUAGAAAUAGCUCGAGUGCUUUAUUAUCUGGAUCAGGUAGAGCAUCCGCAGAGAAGCAAGAAGCCUUCUUGGCAUAAAGUUUUAUCCAAACAAAGAAAACGUGCAGUUGUUGCUUGCCUAAGAAUGACUCCACUCUACAACCUACCACUGCACAGAGCUGCCAACCUUUUCCUUCAAGGCUACAAUAAAUCUUGGAUAUCAACUGAGGGACGUGGCUUUGAGGAAAUGCUUGUGGAGGAUUUAGCUAAGGGGCAAGUGAUAAACCAUUGGAAAGGUGACAAAGAGGAGGUAAAGGAGGUGGUAGAAAGAGCCCAGGCGAUCGAUCCCCUCUUGCAACUCAUUAUGUUCUUCAGUCGAAGUGCACUGACAGAAAGCAGUAAGCUUGAUAAUGACAACCUCUACAAAUGUUAUGCUGGUAUUAUGGCAAAGAGCUGUUGCAGAGAGAGCAAAGAUGAUGAUGAGCAGGAAGUAGAAAGCUUUGAAGAGAAGGAAAUGGAGAAACAGAAGCUGUUGUACCAACAGGCCAGGCUGCAUUGUCGUGGAGCCUCAGAGAUGGUUCUGCAAACUAUUAGUGCCAGCAGCGGCACUAUGGGAUACAUGAUUGGUCCUACUCUUGAACUAGGUAUUGCUCUUCUCAAUGGGGGGAAUGCAACUGUUCAGCAGAAAAUGCUGGAUUAUCUAAGAGAGAAGCGCAAUGUUGGCUUUUUCCAGAGCAUGGCUGGACUCAUGCAGUCAUGUAGUGUCCUGGAUCUGAACGCAUUUGAGAGGCAGAACAAAGCAGAGGGAUUAGGCAUGGCUACGGAUGAGAGCUCAGGAGAAAAGGUGAUGCCUGACAAAGACCUGGCUUGUGACCUAUUCCGUUUUCUGCAGCUGCUCUGCGAAGGACAUAAUUCAGAUUUCCAGAACUAUUUGAGAACACAAACUGGGAACAACACCACUGUCAACAUUGUUAUAUCAACUGUUGACUAUUUACUACGGGUACAGGAAUCGAUUAGUGAUUUCUACUGGUACUACUCUGGGAAGGACGUUAUUGAUCCUCUGGGUCAACACAACUUCUCCAAGGCCAUUGAAGUCACCAGACAGGUCUUCAACACACUCACCGAGUACAUACAGGGUCCAUGUAGUGGGAAUCAGCAGAGUCUUGCUCAUAGUCGUCUUUGGGAUGCUGUCGUUGGAUUCCUCCAUGUUAUUGCUCACAUGCAGAUGAAGCUGUCUCAGGAUUCAAGGCAAAUAAAACUUCUUAAAGAGCUCAUGGACUUAUUGAAGGACAUGGUUGUGUUUCUGCUUUCCAUGUUAGAAGGCAAUGUUAUCAAUGGGACAAUUGGAAAGCAGAUGGUGGAUAUGUUGGUGGAGUCGUCAUGCAAUGUGGAAAUGAUCCUCAAGUUUUUUGACAUGUUCCUCAAACUAAAAGACCUGACCUCUUCAGAGGGCUUCAGAGAGUUUGACCCUGAUUGUAAGGGCAACAUAACCAGAAAGGACUUUCAGAAAUCCAUAGAAAACUGCAAGCGCUUCUCCCAAGCUGAAAUUCACUUCCUGCUUUCGUGCAUUGAAAUGAAUGAUAGUGAGAUCUUGGAAUAUGAAGCAUUUGUGGAUCGAUUUCAUGAGCCAGCAAAAGACAUUGGUUUCAGCAUCACUGUUCUCCUUACAAAUUUGUCGGAGCACAUGCCGAAGGAUUCCAGGCUGAAGACAUUCAUGGAACUGGCUGAAUGUGUGCUGGCUUACUUUCAGCCCAGCCUUGGGCGCAUUGAGAUUCUUGGCAGCGGGAAGCGGUUUGAACGAGUCUACUUUGAGAUCAGCGAAUAUAGUCGCACACAGUGGGAGAAGCCACAGGUUAAGGAGUCCAAGAGGCAGUUCAUUUUUGAUGUGGUCAAUAAGGGAGGAGAGAAGGAGAAAAUGGAGAUGUUUGUAAACUUCUGUGAGGAUACCAUUUUUGAGAUGCAGCUUGCAGCCCAGAUAUCCGGAUCAAACACAAGGGAUAAGUUUACUGUGAAAAAAGAGAAUGAAAAAAGUGAGCUCGAUGAGGAUGAAAGCCCAAAUGACAAGGGGCGGACUUGUAUCUCCUAUUUGUGGCUGAUGCUAACCUUUGUCCUGUCUUGGAAAAACCUGAGAACACUGAUGAAGAUGACUCUGAGGGAUUUCUUAAUAGCAGCAUUUCGAGUCUUUUCAUACAUUUGUAUGGUUCAUGUCCGCUGCAUUUCUGUUGUCAUCUGUCACAUCAUGUAUUUGCUAUACAUCACAUUUGUCAACAGUGGUCUUAUAGAGGCAGCAAAAAGAAUGAAGGUGUCGGACUUAUUUGGUGGUAUCCUUGAACCAACUCUCGACGAGGUCAUGGAGAUGCCAAAGAGUAUGGAUCCAAUUAGAAAGUACUCUGCUAGUUUCUCAUCCCAGAAAGAAUUAAGGGAGAUUGGGCAGAUGGCUUCAGUGACCUUUCCCAGAGAGGUGGACAUACUUUCAGACAUAUUCGGUCUCAAACUGAAAAAAGAAGGAGGUCAAUACAGAAUUAUAACGCAAGAUCUCUCUGAUAGUCUGGCUGAUCUGUUCAAUGCAACAAUGGUUGAUAAAGAAAUUUCUGAGCAGCCCCAGACUUCGUUAAUGGACCACUCGGGCAAUGAAAAAAAAGAAGAUGAGAAAAUGGAGGAGUUACACGAUCAAGAUGCACUGAUUCACAACCAACGCAUGCUGUGCUCUAAGAGCAAGGACAUGCAUAGAGAUGAUAAAGGAAACAUGGAGGAAAAGAAGAAACACAGUGCCAAAGGAUGCUCUAAUAGGUUGAAGGAAGCACAGGGCCAGCAUUCUGCUCUCUGGGAGAUGAUAAGCGCAAAUAACAAGAGUCUUCUGAAUUACUUUGCAAGAAAUUUUUAUAACAUGCGUUUGUUGGCAUUAUUUGUUACUUUUUCAAUCAACUUCAUCCUUCUUUUCUACAAGGUAGUAUCUUUGCCUGCACCCAAAGAAGAAAAAGCGGUUACAUCUGUGAACGGAAAAGAACUGGACUCCACUAUGAAAAAUACAAGCAAUAGCAAUGUUCAUUUUGUGCUCGAAGAAAGCAGUGGUUACAUGGAACUGUGCCUUCAUUUCCUUUCUAUUGCACACACAAUCAUCUCAUUCUGCUGCAUUAUCGGUUACUACUGCCUCAAGGUGCCGUUGCUGAUCUUCAAACGAGAGAAAGAGGUGGCACGAAGGCUCGAGUUUGACGGACUAUAUGUGACACAGCAGCCUCCCGAAGAAGACAUCAAAGGGCAAUGGGACCGUCUGGUCAUCAACACACUAUCGUUUCCGAGUAAUUACUGGGAUAAAUUUGUGAAAAGAAAGGUGAUGGAUAAGUAUGGAGACUUUUGCGGCUGUAAGAAGAUCCGUGAACUAUUAGGUCUGGACCAAGCUGCUUUAGACUUCAGCACUGAGAGAAAAGAACAUAAGAGGCUCAGAAGAGACAGUGCCUGGAGUGCGCUAUUUAACUCCUUUGACGUAAAGUACCAGAUCUGGAAGCUAGGAGUGGUGUUCACUGACAAUUCCUUCUUAUAUUUGGCCUGGUACAUGACCAUGUCAGUUUUGGGUCAUUAUAACAACUUCUUCUUUGCUGCUCACCUUUUGGACAUCGCCAUGGGCUUUAAGACGCUUCGUACCAUCCUUUCCUCUGUCACACACAAUGGAAAACAGCUGGUGCUGACCGUGGGACUUCUGGCUGUUGUGGUAUAUCUUUACACUGUCAUAGCCUUUAAUUUCUUCAGGAAGUUUUACAACCAGAGCCAUGACAACGAAACUGACGAUAUGAAGUGCAACGACAUGCUUACUUGCUACAUGUUCCACAUGUAUGUGGGAGUGAGAGCAGGUGGUGGGAUUGGUGACGAGAUCGAGGAUCCUGCUGGAGACGAGUUUGAAGUGGAACGCAUCAUCUUUGAUAUUACGUUCUUCUUUUUCGUCAUCGUCAUCCUACUCGCCAUCAUCCAGGGCUUAAUAAUUGAUGCCUUUGGAGAGCUUCGAGACCAGCAGGAGCAGGUGAAGGAGGACAUGGAGACCAAAUGUUUCAUUUGUGGAAUAGGAAGUGAGUACUUUGACAAGAUCCCUCACGGCUUUGAGACUCACACUCUGCAGGAGCACAACUUGGCAAACUAUCUAUUUUUCCUGAUGUAUCUUAUUAACAAGGAUGAAACUGAACACACUGGACAGGAAUCCUAUGUGUGGAAAAUGUACCAGGAGCGUUGCUGGGAAUUCUUUCCUGUGGGAGACUGUUUCCGUAAGCAGUAUGAGGAUCAACUCGGCUGACAGAACAUCCAAGAGGUCAAAACCCUCCCAAGAUAGUGUUAUUGCUCGGGAGCCACAUUGC